AUGGCCGAUAUCAGUGCGAAUUUGAUGGCGGCUCCUCCCGAUGCACCACUCGACGCCCCAGUCGUCUCCGUCACUCCAGCCUUUCGCCGCAAUGGCAAGCUGUUCAGUUGCGAACCAUGUCGACGCGGCAAGCUGCGAUGUGACCACAACAGUCCCGUAUGUGGCAGGUGUGCGCGCAGAAACAAACCGGAUCAAUGCAUCUAUCACCCUGCUCCUCUCACCAAGCCACGUACUGCUCCCAACAAUGGUCCUGGUCCCGAACGAACUGCUCCUCAUAGGCCAUCUCAUGUAGCUCCAUAUCAACCAUUGCCGCUCGAGAGACAUCAGAGUGGGCUUGCAAGUCCUCCAUGCAGCACCGGUACUCAGCAAGGGCAAGUGCAAGACUACGCCGCGUUUCGACCAGUCAACAAUACCUCCCUCGGCCAAGCAUCAGUCAUACAGUCGCCUGCGCCAGCACAUCCAUCAAUGGCUCAGACUCCUUUGGACGAGAGGACAAGGGCUUCUUCAACUGCUUCUUACACCACUCCGGACAGUGCAAUGUCUUUCCGCGACAGCAGGACUGGUUUCCUUGGUGCUACGAGCUACUCUGCUGUAUACACAGAAAACCCGACCAUUUUGGAAGCGCCAGACAUUGAGAAUGCCCCUGAUCUACCAGCGAUAUCCUCUGACCGGAUUCAACAAGGUGCAGAAGUUCUGUCAAUGCUCCGAGACAUCCCCGUAUAUCGCAAGUUCACGCAACGAUGGUUCGAUCUUUGUGACGGCAUUGUCGUGAUUCAGCCUGUAUUCCGUAUCUGGAUCGACGAGCUCUGGGAUGAGUUUGGCCAGAUUCUUUCGGAGGGCAAAGCAGACCAGUUGCGCAGCCUUUCAGAUCUUGUGUGGCGGAACACCCGCAGGCCGAUGAAAGUCCACGGCAACAUGACAGCACGGGAAUGGGCCAAGGCUGCCUCAGGUCGCAAUCUUCGAUGGGAGGUUGUUGGGCUAGUAUUGUCGCUGGUCGGACUUGUGGCUGUCAACCUGAGCAACUGGGACACCAUCUUCGAUUCGAUUCGCGAGCGCUUCGUGGACAGAGCCACCUUUGCAGAGAGGAUGCGGAAAGCUUCAGAGUUCUGCUUGUGCUUCUGCUAUGAGAGUGAAGUUCUCAACGACAUAUAUCUCUGCUUCAUGUUUGAGGACUUGGUCCUUGUGGAAAGCUUGAAGGGCGAAGCGCAUUACGCAGCAUGGCAGCGAUGCGGCGAAGUAUGCGAUGCCAUUGUUGCCCUGGGUCUACAUCAAGGGAAUCGUCCUUCAGCCGAUACGCCGUUCUUCCUCGCUGAACUCCGCAAGAAGAUCUUCGUCUCUGCGUAUGGUCAUGACAAAGUUGUUGCGACUUUCUUGGGCAGGCCACCUCGACUAUCCCAUCGGUACUGCAAGAUGGAGUACCCACUCGACCUAUCAGACGACCAAAUAUUCUCAGAAGGUGCCGAACUAGAAGCAGCUCUAGCAACGUUGGACGCCAACGGAUGGAACACCGGUGGUUACCUGAAUCGCACGACUUGGCUUCGAGUGUGGUUUCAACAUUGCCGCAUCAGGGAAGAUAUUCUCGAGAUUGCGUUGGGCUCCAGCGAAGAAGACAUCACAGAGCAGGCCGAGCAGAUUCGCAUGAAGAUGGAUCGCCUGCAUCAGUCGUUCCCGGACUUCAUGAGAGUGAGCCCAGAACAAAUGCUCCAAGGCAGUGAAGCAAACCUAGGUGCGGCCUUCCAGAUGGGCAAGAACGACAAGACGGUGCGGCAGGUCAACGCCAUCUUUGUCGUUUGCAUACACACGGGCAUCAUCCACACCGAAUUUCUGUUGCAAAGAGCAAUGGUCAAUCGUCUUCGAGCGGACACGAAGCAGCUUAUUCCGAUUUCUAGGCGGAUGCUCAAGCUUGUGCUCUUGGCGCAGUCUAGGCGAGACUUCUUCAGAGAUUUUCAGGGAGAUCUUAUUUAUUUGCUCGCCCUUCACGGCCUACCUGCAGCCGGCGUGCUCGCCGUGGAAAUGCUGAAACAAGAGCAGACAAAGCAGUACACACCUGAGAUCCUGCCGCGAUCGGAGACAGUUCAAGAUCUGAGUGUCUUCAUUUCAGCCCUUGGCGCGGUCGGCCCUGGGGAAGGGAACUUCUCCAUCUGCGACCAAGGACGAAGAGCGUUGAAACGAGUGCUAGAUCAGAUCCUCUCGCCCAACCCACCACCCCCAGCAUCAGCAUCGGGCGAGCCUCCGAUAUACGAUGACUCGUCACUUUACUUCCCCAUUGGCAAUGACGCGGACUUCUUGCAGUGGUUGGAGAAUGUGGAGUGGGAUAAGAAUAACUGGAUCGAUCCGCCGGCGCCUUCACAGCAGGGCGAACCUUCGGCACCUUGA